CUCUCUAUUUUCACUCCAGUUGUUCGAAGUCGAUGACUUCACGAAACUUUCUUCGCCAGCAGCGACUUUUGCUUGUGAUCCAGUCUCUUUUCGAGUCUUCAAAUUCUUGUUAUCUAGGGUUUCAAGCACCGUGUUCUUUAUCUCUCUGUGAAGUUGAUGAUUUGGAAUCUUGAUCUAGGGUUUCCUGUUGUGCUUGUGUGUUAGUUGCUGGUUACUUCGGUAGUAAUUUAUAAGAAUUUCUGUUUAUUCAAUUGAAAUUAUUUUCAUCUUUGAAGUCUGCUUAGCCGAGGGAUCUUGUUCUUUCGAUCUAGAGGAAGGCCAACGCUGAAGGUAACUAAGGAACUGGCGUCGAUGAUGUUGUCCAGUGUUAUUAUAUACUGAGGUAAACUAAUUUGACAUACUUGCUAGAAGAAACCCAAUAAGUAAACGGAGGUUAGAGUUCAGGGCAAAAUGAUGGCAAAGCCGGAUAGGUUCCCAGAAGGAUAUAGUACUGGUUUUCCUCCUAAUUAUGAAUCAGAAGGAUCUGGUAGCUCGGGAAGAAUUGAUACAGAUAUUACAGCAUCUGAGGAUUCAAAUGGCCCAAGGAGAAAAUGCAUUAAUUUAAAUUCUGCUUCCCGGGAUGGCUUUGGUGUGCCCACACGUGUCCUCCCUCUCUCAAAACUGCCACCAUCCGAGAGAAGAGAUUUAGUGGUUCGUUUGAGAAGAGAACUUGAACAUAUACGGGCUCUCCAAAAGAAAGUUGAGUUGCAGAGGACAAAUGCUGCCGUGUCAUCUUCUAGUGAUAUUCUUAGCUGUAGCAAUACACAAAAUGGGCCCUUGACAGGGAAGGUGAGAAAAUCAUCAAUGUUAACUUCUGGUAAAAAAUUAAACCCUAUGGGUGAUAAGGGACGUGGCUGGAAUCGGGGUUCUUCUGGAAGGUUUGAGUCUAUAAACCAAGCUUCGACAUCUAGCACUUCAAAUGCAAAUUUGAUGAAGCAGUGUGAAAACUUGUUGAAAAAAUUAAUGAAGCAUCAGUAUGGUUGGGUUUUUAAUGCCCCUGUUGACGUAGUGAAAUUCAAUGCCUCAGAUUAUUUCACUGUUAUCAAGCAUCCAAUGGAUUUGGGUACAAUAAAGGGUAAAAUUGCUUCAUCUGAGUACAAUAGCCCACUGGACUUCCUCGCUGAUGUGAGACUCACUUUCUCCAAUGCCAUGACCUACAAUCCACCUGGGAAUGAUUUCUAUUUAAUGGCUGAUACUCUUAAUAAAUUUUUUGAAGUUAGAUGGAAACCCAUUGAGAAGAAACUCUCUGUAAAUAAUAUGCGACCAUUACCCGAAAAAUCAGGCCUUCAAGACGACAUAGGAACAGUUAAGCUGAUGGCUCCCUCCAAAAGGAGAAAACUUACACCAAUACAGCAUGAAGUUAUUCAUGAACCUGUUAAGAAGAUAAUGACAGAAGAGGAGAAACACCAAUUAAGUACAGAAUUGGAAGCUAUCCUGGGAGAUUUGCCGGAUAAUAUCAUUGAAUUUCUGAAGGAACAAAGUUCCCGUGCAAGGGAAGUGGGAGAGGAUGAGAUUGAGAUUGAUAUCAAUGAUCUCAGUGAUGAUACCUUGUUCAGAUUAAGGAAGCUUUUAGAUGACCAUUUGCAAGAGAAACAAAACAAUCCUGCAAAAGGCGAACCUUGUGAGAUAGAGCUGCUGAACGAAUCAGGGCUUAGCAAUUCAUCCAUGCAACUAUUUAAAGGAAAUGACCCUGCCGAUGAGGUUGUUGAUAUUUGCGGAAAUGAGGCCCUGGUUUCAAGCUAUCCCCCAGUUGAGAUUGAAAAGGACACAGGCCGGAGAAGCAGUAGAUGCAUUAGUUCAGGCAGUUCUGGUGGAAAUUUGGAUUCAGAUUAUAGCAGUUCUGAAAGUGAAUCAGAGUGUGUUAAAGUUUCUACUCCAGUAAAUGUACUGAAGGGAAACUCCAGUCCUGGAGCAAAUUUAGAUGAAAAGAUGGGGGUUGGGGAUGUGGUUGAUGGCAAUCAAUCUGUUAGUGGGUUGGACCAACUUGAACAAAACUCCCAGCAUAAGCCAAAUUCUGUUGAGUCCGAUUGCCAUCAGGAUGGUGAGAGUGCUUCACCUGAGCGGCAGGUAUCCCCGGAGAAGCUCUACAGGGCUGCUCUUUUGAAGAAACGAUUUGCAGACACAAUUUUAAAAGCUCGAGAAAAGACACUCAACCAGGGUGAAAUGGGGGAUCCUGAGAAGUUGCGUCGUGAGAGGGAGGAACUUGAAAUGCAGAAACGAAGAGAGAGAGCUCGGUUGCAGGCAGAAGCUAAAGCUGCUGUAGAUGCUCGAAGACGAGCAGAAGCAGAGGCUGCAACCGAAGCCAAACGGAAGAGAGAGCUUGAGAGGGAAGCAGCUCGGCAGGCAUUGCUGAAGAUGGAAAAGACAGUUGAAAUUAAUGAGAAUUCUCGGUUCCUUGAAGACCUGGAUUUGUUAAGGGCUGCCCCUCCCGGGGAAUUACCGAGCUCUAUGGAUGAGGGCAGCCCGGAUCGCUCAGAGGAUGGCUUGGGUAGUUUCAAGUUUAGUGGCAAUAAUCCUUUGGAACAACUUGGGCUGUACAUGAAAGUGGAUGAGGAGGAGGAAGAAUGUGAGCCACCUAGUGUUCCGAGUGUUGUAAAUGAUGUCGAGGAGGGGGAAAUUGAUUAAUUUUUCCGUCUGCUGCUGUUAAUGUAUCCCAUCACCUAUGGAGCAAGAAUAGAAUAUUUUGAUGCAAAAAAUACUUGCCUUGGCACUUGGGCUUUUAUUUUGUAUGUCAUACGAAGGGGGUGGUAAAGUAUUAGUUGCCAAUGUGUGCAACCAUCGAAAGCAUCAGUGUGGCUGGAGAGAGUCACUUUUUGAAUUUGAAUGAGGACAGGAUGAUAGUACCUGCUGGAUUGGAGCGGAAGGUGGAUUAGAAUAUCAACAUAUGUUUUUGGCAUGGAAGAUUUCUACAUCCAGUAGGCAGUUUCUGGGUGAAUAUUCUGGUGGGAGAGCUUAAGAAGAAAACAGAACGGUUGCAAGGUGCGUAUAGGCCGUGAGAAGUGGCGGCCAUCAUACAUGUGGGAGAAGAAAAGAUUGCGAAUGAGGUGGUCUAUGGGUGUCUAAGAAACACAUGGAACGGGAUUGCACGCAAGAUGUAUUGGGGGUACAAAAAUAAUCGUUUCUUUACGAUGUGAU